CGGGGACGGCGAGUUUCACCCUCCGGCUCCGUGACUUAGCGGCCAAGCUGGGCUCGGGGCUGAGAGAGAGGCCCCGGGGGGCACCGAAUAGGGUUGGGGGCGGGUGUCAUUGGCCUCUGUCCUCAGAGCGGGAUGCGGUGACGCCCCUGAGCGACCAUGGCAGCGGCCGACGAGCUGGCCUUCCACGAGUUCGAGGAAGCUUCUGAUCUGCUGGCCGAGACCCCAGAUGCGGCCACCACCAGUGGAAGCAAUCAGCUGACCCCACAGGGGCACGUGGCCGUGGCAGUGGACUCGGGUGGCAGUUAUGGAGCUGAGGAGGAAGUGGAGGAGAGUGACAGGACUGCGCUCCUGCAGGAGGAGAAGCAGCAGCCCGGAUUCUGGACGUUUGGCUACUAUCAGAGUUUCUUUGACGUGGACACAUCCCAGGUCCUGGACCGAAUCCGAGGCUCGCUGCUGCCCCGGCCUGGCCACAACUUUGUGCGGCACCAUCUGCGGAAUGGGCCGGACCUGUAUGGCCCCUUCUGGAUCUGCGCCACGCUGGCUUUCGUCUUGGCCAUCACUGGCAACCUGACCCUGGUGCUGGCCCAGAGGAGAGACCCCUCUAUCCAUUACAGCCCCCAGUUCCACAAGGUGACCGUGGCCGGCGUCACCAUCUACUGCUACGUUUGGCUGGUGCCGCUGGCGCUGUGGGCCUUCCUACGGUGGCGGAAGGGGGUCCGCGAGCGCAUGGGGCCUUACACCUUCCUGGAAACCGUGUGCGUCUACGGCUACUCCCUCUUUGUCUUCAUCCCCACCGUGAUCCUGUGGCUCAUCCCUGUGCCAUGGCUGCAGUGGCUCUUCGGGGGGCUGGCCCUGGCCCUGUCAGCCGCUAGCCUGGUGUUCACUCUCUGGCCUGUCGUCCGAGAGGACACCAGGUUGGUGGCUGCGGUGCUGCUCUCGACUGUCGUGCUGCUCCACGCCCUCCUGGCCGUGGGCUGUAAGUUUUACUUCUUCCAGCCGCUGCCUCUGGCGCACCCAGCCCCCCCAACGCAGGCUGCAUCUCUGUCCCCAGACCUCCCGCCGCCGCCUACAGCUAGAGCCCACACCACCUAGGAAUGCCCAGCCCAAAGGCGUCUCUCUUUCAGGCCCAGCAUGAGGGGACACCACUGCCCGCCCUGCCCCUCAGAUGAUGACCGAAGUCUCCCCUGACACCUUGAGAUCACUCUGCUGCUUUCCAGACUUUUCUUACAA